AUGUACAUUAUUUAUAUAUGCGCGUGGCGUGUUCCUGUGUGUAUAUGUAUAUUAGGUAUGUACUGUUUUAACUCUCUCACUCUUAUAUUUCUGUUUUUUUUUCUUCUAGCGGGCCUAUCUGCUUUUGGUGAAGGUGCAAAGCCUGGAUCCGCUCCACGGAAUAUUCAAGUACGUUUGCUCAGCUCAAGCACGAUGGUCAUACAAUGGGAAGAACCCGAGACGCCAAAUGGUCAAGUGAUUCGUUAUAAGUUGUACUACACUGUAAACCCGGACCAGCAACUGUCGUCGUGGAAUACUAUGGUAGUUGACAACAAUCAGUUGACGACCAUCAACGAACUGACACCUCUAUCCGUUUACACCAUACGAGUGCAGGCGUUCACUAGCGUCGGACCCGGCCCUUUAUCAUCGCCGGUUCAGGUUAAAAUGCAACAAGGAGGUAAAUAUAACCGCGGGAUUUUUAGUUGCCCCAGUCAACCAAGAGACCUGCGAGUGAACGAAAUCGGUGAAACGUCUAUUGGACUCCAAUGGGCUAAACCCAAUCAAGUCGGCGAACAAAUUCUCAGCUAUGAACUCUACUGGAACGAUACAUACGCCAAGGAAAAGCAUCAUCGACGCAUACCGGUAUCGGAGAACUACUCGUUGACCGGACUAUAUCCGAACACGCUAUACUACGUGUGGCUGGCGGCGAAAUCGCAACGUGGCGAAGGGGCACCGACACCGCCGAUCCAGGUCCGGACCAAACAAUACGUGCCCGAAGCGCCACCGCAGAAUGUGACCGCCGAGGCCGUUAGCCCCACGUCCAUUCAGGUCCAGUGGCAGCCUCCGAUGUCCGACCGGAGCAACGGCCAGAUAAUCUACUACAAGGUGAUGGCCGCGGAGAGCGGUAUGUCUGACUCGGAAGCCGAUUCGUUCCGGGUGGAGAACGUCACUGCGUACACGCUGGAAGGCCUGAGACGGUGGACCGAGUACAAGAUUUGGGUGCUGGCGGGCACUUCCGUCGGCGACGGUCCGUCCUCUUUCCCGUUAACGGUUCGCACCCGCGAAGACGUGCCAGGACCUCCUACCGACGUCAAAGUACUGCCCGUCAACUCGACGACGAUACACGUGCAGUGGCGACCGCCCACCGAAGAGGACCGUCACGGAAUAAUCAGAGGCUAUCACAUACACGUCCAAGAAGCCAAGCCCGAGGGCAAUGCACUGCUCAACGAGCCGUUGAGAUUUGACGUUACGGACGCACUAGAGAGCAACGUCACCGGCCUGCAACCGGAUACCCUGUACGCGAUCCAGGUGGCGGCCAUCACUCGAAAGGGCGACGGCGACCGCAGUUAUCCUGCCAAAAUCAAAACGCCCGGCGGCGUACCUGUUCGGCCCGUCGUGAACCUCAAGGUUUUGGAACGAGAACCAAAAGUCAACAUCGAACUGGAAUGGACCAGGCCGACGAACACGUACGGCGAACUGUUGGGAUACAAAUUGCGUUACGGGAUCAGGGGACAGGAAAUGUUCGAGAUCAUGAUGACUGAGAACAAGCGGCGCAUCACUGAUUUAGAACGCGGCGUUGAAUACGAAUUUCACAUAUCUGGUCAAAACCAAGUGGGCUUUGGCCAAGAAGCCACAGAGUACUUUAACACUCCCGAAGGCCCACCGACUGGUCCGCCGAUAAACGUGUCGUACGAAUUUCAAACACCCGACGUGGUUUGUGUCGUGUGGGACGAGCCGUCUCGCGAACAUCGCAACGGACAGAUUAUCCGCUAUGACGUACAGUUUCACAAAAAAAUUGAUCAGUCUACCAUCACACAUAGAAAUACCACACUGAAAAAGGCGGUAUUUUCUGGUUUAGAAGAAGCCACAGAAUAUGUUGUCACCGUUAGAGCAGUGACUGCUGAAGGUGAAGGGCCGUGGAGUCCACGUAUGACCAUAAACACUACUAGAGAAAUGGUUCGUGCUCCCAUGGGUGUUAAGGCUGUAGCAACAUCAGAUCAAAGUAUACAAGUGUGGUGGGAAGCUGUCCCUGUGCGAGUAAAAAUCAACGGUUAUCGUAUUUACUAUACGAUGACAGCAGUUGAAGAUCUUAACCAAUGGAAUGUAAAAGAUGUUCCAGCCACCGAAUCCACAGAUCUUGCUAAUCUUGAAAAAAUGGCACAGUAUGCUAUAGCAGUAGCAGCUCGCAUCGAUAAUGGUUUUGGAAGAUUGUCCGAGAAAAUCACAGUCAUUGUAAAACCAGACGAGGUCCCAUUAAACUUGCGUGCAUCAGAUGUAAGCACCCACAGCAUGACUUUAUCAUGGACUCCGCCUAUCAAAUUAAAUCCAAUCGGGUACAAGAUCUCAUUUAAUGCAGUUAAAGAAUUUAGAGAUUCACAGGGCGUAACCCAGUUGCAAAUGGUACCAACUCGAAUAAUAGAAUUGGACAAAUAUGUUUUGAGCCAUACAAUCGAUGAAUUAUCGCCAUUUAUUAGCUAUGCUGUAAAUGUUAGCGCUGUACCAUCUGACCGUAGCUAUAGACCCCCUUCAAGAAUUACCGUUACCACUCAAAUGGCCGCUCCACAACCAAUGGUCAAACCUGAUUUUUUCGGCGUUGUAAACAUGCAGAAAAUACACGUUAUAUUACCUCAAGCAUCAGAAGAAUAUGGUCCGAUUUGUCAUUAUUACGUAGUAGUUGUUCCAGAAAGUCCAGACACUGCGCUUAUGAAUCCAGAUGAGUUUUUAAAUCAAAAGCUUGUUGAAAUUUCCCAACAAGAGUUAUUAGCUGAGGGUGAGCCGUACAUCGCAGCUAAAUUCCCUCACAGAACCAUACCUUGGACAUUUUACUUAGGCAAUGGUGAGACAUACGAUGGAUUCCUCAAUCGAAAACUAGACCAAAAUGUGAAGUACAGAAUAUUUGUUCGAGCAUUCGUUGACACCCCACAAAAACAUUUAUACACAUCUAGUCCAUUCUCUGAGCCUAUAUCGUUGGAAAUGCGUGAGGUUGGCCCUGAAGAAGUACCCAAGCGACCUGAAUUAAGAGAUAUGAACCUUCCUAGCAACACGGGCUCUAGUGGAACAACAAAUGAUCAUGUGAGUGUCAGAAGUAGCGCCACUCCACCAGGAUUGUUAUGGCUGGUUGGACCUGUAAUCGCUGCAAUAUUGCUGACUGCUGCAUUAAUAUUAUUGUUUGUGGUUAAGAAGCGCCGCCGGCCGAGCAAAUACGGCGAGACAUCGGGUGUGACGAAACCGCUGAUUGGCAACUCGCACCCGAACAACGACCCGGUGGAAUUACGCCGGUUGCAGUUCCAAACGCCGGCGAUGGUGUCGCACCCGCCGGUGCCCAUCAACUACCUGGCGCAGCACAUCGACCUCCUGAAGGCCAACGACAACUUCAAGUUCUCGCAGGAGUACGAGUCGAUCGAGCCGGGCCAGCAGUUCACGUGGGACCACUCGAACAUGGACGUCAACAAGCCGAAGAACCGGUACGCGAACGUGAUCGCGUACGACCACUCGCGGGUGGUGCUGCAGCCGCUCUCCGACGGCUCGCCCGGCAGCGACUACAUAAACGCCAACUACUGCGACGGUUACCGGAAGCACAACGCUUACGUGGCCACGCAGGGCCCGCUGCAGGAGACGGCCGGUGACUUUUGGCGCAUGUGCUGGGAGGUGCGCACAUCCACCAUCGUCAUGAUGACCAAGCUGGAGGAGCGCACCCGGGUCAAGUGCGACCAGUACUGGCCGGCGCGUGGCUCGCAGGCGUACGGGCCAAUCACGGUCGCGUUGAUCAGCGUCCAGGAGCUGGCCACUUACGUGGUCCGGUCGUUCCACCUGACCCGAUCCGGCGACGCGGAGACGCGCGAGGUGAAGCAGCUGCAAUUCGGCGCGUGGCCCGACCACGGCGUGCCCGACCACCCGGCACCACUGCUGCAGUUCAUGAAGCGCGUGCGGGCCGUCAACCUGGUCGAGUCCGGCCCGGUGGUGGUACACUGCAGCGCGGGCGUGGGCCGCACCGGUUGUUUCAUCGUCAUCGACGCCAUGCUAGAACGGGCCAAGAACGAGCACAGCGUCGACAUUUACGCUCACGUCACGUGCCUCAGGGCCCAGCGCAACUACAUGGUCCAGACCGAAGAACAAUAUAUAUUCAUACACGACGCUCUCUUGGAAGCCGUUACGUGCGGCGAAACAGAAGUGUCCGUACGCAACUUACCCAUGCACAUCCAACAGUUGUCCCAGAUGGACGUUGGAACGACCGUCACCGGAAUGGAACUCGAAUUCAAGAAAUUAACGUUGGUCAAAAGCGAAUUCUGCCGAUUCGUCAGCGCCAGUCUGCCCGUGAACAAGCCGAAAAACCGUUUAGUGCACUUGUUGCCUUAUGAAAACACCAGGGUGUGUCUGAGUGGUGGAUCGUCAAGGGGCAUGGAAGGAUCGGACUACAUAAACGCCAACUUCAUAGACGGGUACCGGCAGCGUGGGGCUUACGUCGCGACCCAGGGACCUCUGCAGAUCACCACCGACGACUUUUGGCGCAUGCUUUGGGAACACAACUCCACCAUUGUGGUCAUGCUCACCAAACUGCACGAGUUGGGAAGGGAGAAAUGCUACCAGUACUGGCCAUCAGAACGGUCCGUCCGGUACGACACGUUCGUCGUCGAGCCCAUAACUGAAUACAACAUGCCGCAGUACAUACUUAGGGAGUUCAAGGUAACAGACACGAUCGAUAACGGUUCGCGGACCGUCAGGCAAUUCCAGUUCACCGACUGGCCGGAGCAGGGCGUUCCCAAGUCGGCCGAAGGGUUCAUAGACUUUAUCGGGCAAGUGCACAAGACGAAAGAACAAUUCGGACAAGAAGGUCCGAUCACCGUCCAUUGCAGCGGCGGCGUGGGCAGGACGGGCGUGUUCGUGUCACUGAGCAUCGUGUUGGAGCGGAUGCAAUGCGAAGGCGUAAUCGAUCUCUUCCAGACGAUCCGGAUUCUUCGGACGCAGCGUCCGGCCAUGGUUCAGACAGAGGAACAGUACCAGUUCUGCUAUCAGGCGGCCCUCGAGUACUUGGGGUCUUUCGACCAAUACUCCGACUGA